AUGGUCAACUCGGCGGCCGACCCGCCCAAAGUGGUCGCGACCGACACUGACAAUACUGACGCCGAUCCUUUCGUUGCCUCACCCGCCCACUCGCAGAACUCGCACAACUCGGCCGACGCGAACCGCAGGAGAUACGCCGGCUUCGACAAUCAGCUCUUCUCCAUAUACUCGGAAAGCUCUCCUUCCCAGACAAAGCGCGCUCUCGAGGCACAUUUGGCCGAAACGGAAAGGAGGCUACAGGAUGCAUCGCAGCUGGGUACCGUGCUCGUGCAACAGAGGGAGGAGCUCGGCGAGCGGCUCAAGGAGGUCGAAAGGCAGCAGGAUGCGACGGAAAUCGGGCCGGAACUGCGCGCGAAGCUCGUAGAGCUGGAGCGCGAGUUCAACGAGGUUGGCAAGGAUACUGCGAGGGCCUUCAUUCCGAAAUCGCGUACACCCAGCAGCACCAACAACAACAACCAGUUCGUCGACUCUGAAGGCAACUCCAUCUUCGCUAGCGAGGCCCAGCCCUCUCCGUCCAAACUCAGCGUGCCCUCAAGGAAGCAGCGCAACCAGCAGCCGACCCGCAUACACGACAUCAAGCUUGCCACCGAGAUCAGUAGCUCUCUGCUGAACCAGGUCAGGGAGUUACAGGUUGCCUUGGCUGAAAAGGAUGAGCUCCUCAGGAACGUCAGCUCCGAGCGGUCACAGUUGGAAGUUGAGGUUGAAGGUUUGACGCACCGACUACGUGCUUUGGACGAGAGCGAGCAGCGGUACAAGGAUGAGAACUGGAGUCUGGAGACCAGAAUACAGGAGCUCAUGGCCACACUCAAGGAGGCGUCGAACAAGGAACACCGGUUAACCGGGAAUCUCAACACAUCCAAAUCGGAAAAGGCUGCGCUGGAACGCGAACUUGAGGAGCUUAGGCAUGCCCACAGCAAGCUGAACGAGGAAUACCAGUCGACUCUCAGACAAUAUGAGGCUGAAAUCCUUGGCUUGCGUCGCAAUGUCAGCUCCGGGGAGGCAGAACGCAGCGCGCUUCUGCGCAAGGUCGACGAGCUCACGUCGCAAAACGAGGAGCUCGUCCGGGCUGUAGCGUACCGUCAAAGAGCGGAAGAAUCGAAUUCAAGUCACUCGGGAUUGGAUGGGGAUGAUACAGGCUCUGGACGAGGUACCCCUGAUUUGUCUCCUCCCCCGUCACCAAGCAGAUUCACUCCUCGUCAUGGCCAGCUCGAAACCGAGACACUCAAGAGCUCUCUGCAACACGCUCAUCGUAUGAUUCAAAACCUUAAGAACAACAUCCAUCGCGAGAAGACCGAGAAGAUGGAGCUCCGAAGAGUACUGCAGGACACGAAAGACGAGCUCGACAUUGCCCGCCGGGAGGCCGGAGGCGCUCCGGGUAGCGCGGCCAAGAAGCGGAGGCCGAAUGAGAAACAAGAGUUGUUCAAGAAGCCUCCCCCCAGGCCCGACAGACUCGGCAUGGCGCGUGGCACCAGAGAUGAGAUCAUCGUUGACGAUGGCGAGUGGGAGGAUAAUGACGAACACGACGUUCCGAACACGCCAAGCAAGAAACCAGUUGCAUCAAUUGGAGGCGUCGGUCUUAGUCCCUUCGGCCGCCGGAUCUCUCGCUCCCAACACUCGAACAGCGACUUGUUCCAAUCUGCUACUGAGAGCUCGGACGUCUUUGAGACUGCUAACGAGCGCGACACGUCUACCGAGACUGAUGCCUUCCAGACGGGCGCUGAGACUCUUGACGGCGACGAUACUGAUGAAAUGACUGAGACCGAGAUCGAAACUCUCGCCAACUCUGCUCGUCGUCGCCGUCCUAACCGUGCGGACCAAUCUCGCGCCGCUGUCCACCGCAACUCGUACUUGAGCACGGCAUCGACCUCCGGAGACGAGAUUGACCAGAGUGAUGUGGACAUCACGACGCCCAAGAAAACUGAGCAGUCGCGCUACCGCCUCAAGGUCAACCGCGGAGGUCGUCGUGUGGUGUCUUCCGCCGCCCAGUCUAUCAACGAGAAUGCUCCUGCCGGUUCCAAGUCUCCUUCGCAGAGCUUCAUAAGCACUGCAAGCUUCCGAAGCGACGGCAGCCAGUACGAGGGUGAUGGUGGCAAGAGCCUCCUUGCCGAACUCGGCAACAUGAGUGGUGAGGAGAGUGAAAUCAUAGAGAGCGACCCCGGCACUCCUGGAAGCUCAAUGGUCUCUCCCAAGGGAUCUCCCGACCUCCGUAGGCACAUCGCUAGCCGGACCAUCAGCCGCAAGGCUUCCUCUGCCAGGCCCCACAUGGUGGACUCAUCAACGAACACCGAGCCUUGGGACUCUUCAUCCAAGGGCAUCGUCUCUAGCACCGCUGCCGCCUUGGGUGCUGCUAUCGCAGGCUUCGCCACUGGCAGCGAGCGCGCCGGCGACGAGACUCCUACCGACUCACGGCAAUUGGAACCCUCUGCCUUUGACGAUGACGCGGCCUCCGAUGACAGCCAAGAAACGACCAUCGAUACUGCGGCACCCUCCGGGGAGUCUGUGGCUGCCGCGGCAGCCGUCGCCGACGACAUUGCCGCUCCCACCGCUGCUCACUUGGAGUUCUCUACCGUCGAUGCUCAACAGAUUGAGCCGCUUGAGCCGGAGGUCAAGGUUGCGGCGCCCCCUACGCUGGACGUCUCCGCCAUUUCCUCCCUCGGUUCCGAGCCAGAGCCGCUGGAGCUCGCCACUCCUGUUGUGCCCAAGCUGGAAAUCUCCACCGUCUCGUCGCAACAGUCUGAACCGGUCGCUCCUGAGGCCCCUGUCGUACCCAAGCUGCAGAUCUCCUCAGUUUCCUCCCUGCAAUCUGAGCCCAUCGCUCCCGCGGCCCCGGCUGUGCCCAAGCUGGAAAUUUCCUCCGUCUCUUCGCAGCAGUCCGAGCCCAUCGCUCCCAAGGCUCCUGUUAUGCCCAAGUUGCGGAUUUCGUCCGUUUCUUCGCUGCACUCCGAGCCUAUUGCCCCAGCGGCGCCAGCUGUCCCAUCUCUCGACCUUUCGUCGAUCUCUUCCCUGCACUCAGAGCCGGAGGCGCUCGAGCUGCAAGCUACUCCCCAGGCUCCUCUUCCCGCGUUGGAGCUUUCCUCCAUUUCCUCCGUCCACGCGGAGGAGCCUGCUCUGCCCUCGCCUCCUGCUACUAAGGUGGUCGAGCCGCAGCCCCACAACUUCGAACUUUCUUCCAUUUCUGCUCUGCACACGGAGCCCAUCGCGUCGGAGCUUCCCGCUCCUCGCGAAGUUAAGCCCGAGCUACCUAAUUCGCAAUUGUCCUCUAUUGUCUCUCUUCAGUCAGACCCUGUCGCAGCCGAACCUCCUGCGGCACCGAAGAUCGAGCUUCCGUCGCUGGAGCUGUCUUCCAUUUCUGCUCUGCACUCGGAGCCGGUGGUACCGGAGCCUAUUCCCUCCGCCUUGUCCCCUGUCUUCGGCCAGGAGAUCGAGCCUGAGGCUUUGGAGCUGUCGAAGCCUACUCCUUCGACUCUCUCUCCUGUCUUUGGUCAGCAGAUCGAGCCUGUCGCCCCCGAAGCACCGAGGCCGACCCCCUCGGCUUUGUCUCCUGUCUUCGGCCAGCAGAUCGAGCCUGUCGCUCCCGAAGCACCCAAGCCGGCUCCCUCGGCUUUGUCUCCUGUCUUCGGCCAGGAGAUCGAGCCCGAAGCGCCAGAGGCACCGAAGCCUACUCCUUCGGCCCUUUCGCCAGUGUUCGGCCAGGCAGUCGAGCCUGUCUCGUUGCCGCUCCCCGAGGCAUUCACGAAGCAAACGCCGACUAUCGUCGAGCCUACCCCUGCUCUCUCUUACGCAGGUAUCUCGUCGCAGCACAUUGAGCCCGAGGAUGCCAUCGCGGCAGCGGGUACGGCAGCUGUCCUUUCGAAGGAUGCGUGGAGCGGGGCUGAGGCUGAGCGCUCUGCCUUGCCCGGCACUGAUGGUUCUAGGCCUGGCUCGUCUUUCUUCAGCUCUGUGCAGAUCGAAGAUGCUGGAGCUGACCAGCAGAGCAGGCGGCUCAACGUCGACCCACAGGCUGCUCGUCCGGAUUCUGAGACUAUCCCUGAGAACAACAUGGCCUCUAUUGCCAGCAAUGUGGCUCCCGAUGACCACGUCGUUAAGUCCAGGAAGUCGGUGUCCGAGCAUGGUACGCAGACGAUGGUCUCCUCCGAGGUGCUCGACAAGCUUUUCAAGGCUUCGCAAGAACAGGCCAUCGCUGCCUCUGCUGUGCGCCCGACAAGCCCCACGAGGCCCCCUUCGACUUCCGACUCAAAGGAGUCCAAGAUGCCGAAGAGGCCCACCAGUGCGCAGAGCAUGCGCAGCCGCGAAACCCCGCCGCCGCUGCCGGCCGACCACAGGGAAGUCAUCGCUGCAGCUUCGCUGAGGGGCCACAACAGCACGGGCAAGAAGCCAGCCUCAUCGUACUCGACGUACAAGAGCCAGAACAGCUCCCACGCUUCGCAGUUCCGUCCUCUGACGCCGAAUGGCGACCGUCCCACCACUCCUCAAGCUCACCGGGACGGCACCACUCCUCGUCCUCUCCGCACCAAGAGCAGCGAAAUCUCGUCUCCUGUUUCUCGCCGGACGUCCGUCUCAUCAUUCGCGUCUGAAAUGGAGUCACGCUUCAACAUUCCCAUGAACCCGGUCGCUCGCGAAGGCUUCGAUCACACGACUGAUCCUCGCAUGAUCCAGGCAAUCACUCAGACUAUGAUCGGAGAGUACUUGUGGAAGUACACGAGGAAGACGGGCCGUGAGGAGAUGUCCGAGAACCGCCACAGGCGUUUCUUCUGGGUUCACCCUUACACUCGCACCCUCUACUGGAGCGACCAGGACCCGGCUACCGCAGGCAAGACCCAGCUGAAGGCCAAGAGCGUGCAAAUUGAGGAUGUUCGUGUGGAGACCGAUGACAACCCGCUCCCUCCUGGUCUGCACCGCAAGAGCUUGAUCGUCAUUACCCCUGGUCGUGCCGUCAAGUUCACUGCCACCACCGCCCAGAGGCAUGAGACUUGGUUCAAUGCCCUGUCUUAUCUCCUUCUCCGUACGAGUCAAGAACGCGAUGAUGAGGACAGAGAAGCGCCCCCCGAAGACUCUCAGGAGUUUGACCCCGCCUACACCGGCCCCCGCAGUACAUCUCGCCAGACCGCUAGGUCUCGGCAGUCAUUGUCAUCUUACAACAGCCGGACAACGCGGACUUCGUCACCCUACCGUACUCAAGUGCCAACCCUGGUGCAGCGGAAGAACGGUGUCGUCAAGCGUGCCGUGACGCCCGGCUCUGCGUCGAUGUCUGGACGCCUCAGCAGUCUGAGCGGAAUGUUCUUGCCGGCCAACCUUCGGGGCUCAUUCUCGAGCCGCCAAAGUCGUCAUGAGGGUUCGAUAUAUGAUGCAUCCAUCGUCCACGAUUCUGCUGAAGACCUCAGGCAGGUGAUCCAAUCACAAGAAGAAUCAGCUGACAGGCUGGAGAAUGUGAGGGCUUGUUGUGAUGGCAAGCAUGAUGUCGGUUCCCUGUCCCAUAAGCCAAAGCCGAUCAACUCGCCUCACACCUACCACUCACACUCGCACAACCACAAUCACAACCACAAUAGGCGGUCGUCGCAUGCCCGCGCAAGCUCUUACGGCACCAGCACCGUCCUCUCCCAUCAGUCUUCUCAUCACUCCCACCAGACUGACAUGGAGCCUUCGAACUCCAGUGCGAACUAG